AAAUUCUACUUUGAUCAUCCAGGGCUUCUUCUUUUGUUGAUUUCGUACCAUUUCACCCGAUCAAAGGUCUUGAGGCAGGACCAAAUAUCCAUCUCCAUCAUGCCGAUUUUCGCGAUAGAAAUGCCGAACGGUGGGAUAUAAAGCGCGAACGCUAUCGUGAUACAUCACCAACAUUCCUCACUCACUCACACCCAUCUCUCGAAUAUGACCUUUAUCUCAGAUGAUCCCAGUUCGUGGCCGAUAAUCCAUUCAAAUAUUUUAUACGGCUAUUGGACAGUUGCCGCUAGCGUCAUCGUGGUAUAUGAUUGGACACUAACGCUUGGACAAGAGAUUGAACUGAUCUGGAGGCAACGCUGGUCUCUCAUGACUGUGCUGUAUUUGGUCAUACGCUAUAUCGGAUUACCGUAUUCUGUUCCCAAUGUUCUACCAACUAUACCAUUGGUCUCGCUGACAGAUGCAGUGAGCAAUAUUAUGUACUUCGCACAGAAUGGGACAAAUGUGGUCGUAACUGCCAUGUUGGGCGUCAUCAUGAUUGCUCGUUUACAUGCCAUGUAUCAAGGAUCUAGAAAGAUGUUCAUAUUCCUUGUUAUCAUCUUCCUGGUUGUAAACAUCGCCUGUGGAGUAAUCGCGGUAAUAGGAAUCAAGGAUACUGUAGCAGAGGAGUUCAUACUCUUUGGCACGUAUAUGUGCAAAUAUGGAUCUGAAGGGGACGUCCAGAUUCUGUACACAAUGGUUUGGACCCUCAACACUAUUUGGGAGGUCCUCGCUCUGUGUCUUUCACUCUGGGUUGCUGUAAAACACUUCCGUGACCUGCGACGACUCGGCCCAUCGAUAGGAUCGACCACCGGGGACUGUUUCACAGUGUUGACCAGAUCUCACGUGUUUUAUUUUGUCAUCUUUGUUUGCGUCUCUAUCAUUCAGUUUGGUGCUGACUCUUCAGAAAUCGCGGGCGCUCUUCAAGUUUUAUCGGUCAUGCAGAUGUUUGUGUUGGGACCACGCCUCAUCCUUAGCGUUCGACAAUAUCAUGCUGAACUCGUGACCAAAUCCGACGCAGAAACUAGCAUGGAUUUGAUGAACGUGUGCAUGUAUCAACUAGCAGUACUGUGUAGGGAAAUGCUUGCCGAGUGGUCUGCAGGGAGAAAUUUGGUUCAGGAUCCGUUCGUGGUAUUUAUUUAACAUAUGGUGUUUCGAAGUAUAUCCGGAAGGUCUAGACAAAUCUAUUUCGUGUUGGAUUACUAUUACUACUGGAAUGCAGUACUAGCUACCCACCAUUCUUACACCAAGUAGCAAGCUGACAAUAUCCGGAACGUCUGGC